GUGAAAAUGUGGGAGCCCUCGGUGCCGGUCCUUCAAUUAGAUUUAGCUUCAAAAUGAGCGUUACAGACAGUUUAAAGUUCAACAAAGUUUUGUUCGAUGUGUGGAAAGUUGGUUUUGCUCUCAGUGAGUCUGGUGUUUGUUGCCAGGAAGUGAAGUUGGAAUGAUUCCGUUGCUGUUUGCUCUUUGCACAGUUGUGUCGGCGGUGAAAUGGGAUGCGCCGCCGCAGUACGAUCCAGUAUGGCUGGCUAGUGUGCAAUUGUACCCACCAGCCCCCGCCCUAAAUGACACUCGUUUUUGGCUCGGAUGGGUCAAUGAUGCUGAUGUUGAAUUCAGACUGUUUACAAGGCGAAACCCGUUCGAGUUUCAAGUCUUAACUACGAACGAUUCUGCAUCUCUACACCAAUCAAAUUUCGACUUUAGCAAAAAAGUAAAGGUUCUAACCCAUGGAUGGCUGAACCACGGCUACAGUCCUAUGCCCGAGUCUAUCAAAGAAGCUUACCUUAAUGUGAGCGACCUGAAUAUAAUUGUGGUGGACUGGGGUGUCGCAGCCAACGUUAAUUAUAUCUUGGCUAGUUACAACGUGGCCUCAGUUGGUCGUCUUCUCACGGAGUUCCUAAAUUUUCUUAUCGGAGAAGGCGUGUCCAUGGAUGACGUUCAUCUUAUUGGCCACAGCCUGGGUGCUCACGUAGUUGGCAUAGCUGGAGCUUAUGUUAAGAAAGGACCUAUUGAUACUAUAACAGGUUUGGACCCAGCAUUGCCGUUGUUUACGCUGGGAAACAAGGACGCUCGGCUGGAUAAACACGACGCCCGGCACGUAGAGGUGAUACAUACUUGUGGAGGCUACCUCGGUUUCGCGUCUCCUCUUGGACAUAUUGACUUCUAUCCGAAUGGCGGCACUCGACAGCCUGGGUGCGGGACCGAUUUUAGAGGUUUCUGUGCCCACAAUCGAGCUCACAUGUACUUCUCGGAGUCCAUCAUAUCUGACGUGCCGUUCACAGCAGUCCGGUGUGAGAGCUACGACGAGUUAUACUACUCAGGGUCCUGUAAGGGAACCGGAGAAACCCUGGUCAUGGGCGGAUUUGAUAUUCAUUACGGGAAGGAUGGUGUGUACUACCUUACGACAAACGCUGAGAAACCCUUCGCGCGGGGGGAAGGUGACCCAACAUGAAUUACGAUCAAAUAUUUAUACCCCGCUUUGCUAACUUCGCUUAUAAAUUAAAAUUUCAAAGAAAUUAUUACGGAGAGGUCGCCUUUUUUUCGCGACCGCCGCUGUCACGACUGUGUCGUUAAAUAAUUAAAAUGGCUCCGUUACUGAAAACUUGCUUUGUAUAACACGUAUUAUUAUGGCAUUAUUUACUUAACUAUUAGAAAUGAAUAUUCAGUUAAUUCCAAAUAAAAUUGCCGCGCUUUUAGACAGCUAGCUAUAGUUUUCGAUAAAAGUAUUGUGUUUU